AUGGAUUUGCAGUCUCCAUCUGUCCUGGCGCAAUUGCCGCGCCCCCUUCAUGCCGCAACCGGCAAGACUCGCAUCGGAGACGUGAAUAGCCUUGCCGAUGCUAAAAAGCGCAAGCGCUAUGAACUUGCGGUCGCCGUCGAUGGCGAAGCCGUCAACAUCUACAAUAUUCAAACGCCAAAGCUUGUGACCUCUUACGCCGUCCCGCCGCAGUCCACGUUUUCUUGUCGUCCUUGCUCCGUGCGCCGCAAGCUCUCCAAGAGGUCGGCCGUCAAGAGACAAACAUACACCGCUGUCACGAAACCCGAGCACCAAAUCAAGUGUUUCGUGGAAGAGAUCGGCAACGGUUCGAGUGCGCCUGUGAUCUCGUCCUCCAGCGCCACUAUCACAGAUUCCAAGAGCCCCACGACAUUUGUGGGUAUCGUGCCUUUCAGCGCUGAAGAUGAAAGCGAGACCGACCCAUUUGAUAUCCUCGCUGUCCACACCGAUGGGCGUGUUCGUCGAUUGUCCUCGGACUUGAAGACACAGCACUGGAGUAUUCAGCACAGUGAAAUUGCCAAAGUCUGCUCCACUCACACGGUUCACUCUUGCUUUCUGAUUGAUCUUGAAGAUGCAAAGAAGGGACUUUUCAAAAGGAGACAAGACUUGGCCGCCCUUGCCUUCGGAGACUCACCCUCCGCGGGUGUUGAUGAGCCCUCCAUCUUGCUCGUUGUGUCCCACCCCAAGGAAGCAGAUACGAUUGCGUUGAAGGAUGUCAAUGUUCAAAUCUUUUCCGUCCCUGCCAACUCCAAGUCUGGUUCCCGCGGUGUCGAAGAAAGCCAGCGGCUUAGACACCUCCAGACGAUUCAGAUCCCCAACCCAACUGGGCUGGACAAGGUGAACAGCAACAGUCUUCUGCAGUGGAACUUCCACUCUGGAACGGCCGGUCUGCAGCUCUCUUUUGAGAAUGGAUUUGUGAACGUCGACCUAUCCCAGUAUUCCCCCAGCGUCAACUCGCAGUUUGUUCUGGAUGAGCAAUUUACUUCAAUCAUGCGGAUUUCACCCCAGUGCGUUAUUGGAGCAAGUGAAUCGCUCAUUGCGGUCUAUGAUACCCAGUACCAGUCCGUGCAGCGGAGCAUCGCCGCGAGAGAUGUGAUUUCGGAUACUGGGUCGAACGCGGAUGGACCCACCAUCUUUAUCAGCUACUUUGCUAAGCUUGGCCUGGCCAUAGCUAUGAAGGCCAAUACUCUGAUUGCAUUCGAUCUUACGUCUCUACAUGGCCAGUCUGGCCCGUCUCUCAAGCGCUCACGAGAUGGUCUUCUUAUUGAUGCCAUUGGCCGGGGUAUCGGAUCGUCCGCUUCGCAAUGGGAUACAUCCAAGAAGCACCGAACUGACAACAUGGCAUCACUGCAUCUGAAAUCCCCCGAGCAAGCUGAGAAGUGGAGCCAACUCACCAAGGCAAUUCACGAAGCAACUAACCUACUAAAGCCGGAUCUCUUCGACAAGGCGGUUCUCGGUUACUUCGGCACAUCAGAGGCACCAAAGGAGCUACCGGAGGAGCACGUCAGUCCUGAAUCGACCCUUUUCUUGCUGUCCAAGAUUUUCGCGGUCCAAGAUUCCCCCAUCACCGAUAAGGUUUCUGCAUCCUCUUCCUCUCAGUUGCGCGUGGUUCUUUGGCCUGCCGUCACUUGUGAGUGGCUCAUUCGAAUUGGACACCUUUCUUUGGACAACGUCGAGAUUGCACUGCGGCGAGCUUGCAAGCCUCGUAUACUACAACAAUUCCCAACCGGGUCUUUUGUUCAAGCUCUCAUCGACUCCGACUCGUCAUUGAAGCAGGUUAACCAGGUCCUUGGAGGCCCAGCACUCCUUUCAUCUGAUGAACUGGCUUACGCGCUCAAGUUCUUCUUGAAUCAGGCACGCUUGCAUUCUGGUGUUCUAGAAGAGACGGCUCGCGCAAUCACAAACGGCGACAUUGCUACGCCUACCCAGGAGCUUACUCGGCACCUUGGAAGUGAAGUGGCCAGUCUGAAAGAUAUCUUCACGGGCCUGAAUAGGUCCCUUCAAAAGAUUCAUUCCCAGCCAUUGCCCUCUGUUGUGAAGUCACUCCGCUCCAUUCUGUCUCGAGCGGAGCUUAUCUCAAUGGUACACCAUCUUCGCCUCUCCCUUGCUACUGGUGGCUAUACCUCCCGCUUCAGCGAAAACCCCCCUACCCCCAUCACCCUCGACCAGAUCACGCCUUCUCUCUCUCUCAAUACCAUUGUUGACCUGAUUACUGCUUCCGUGGACGCUGUCGGACCAUCUGGCUGGAUCUCUGCUCUCCCCAACGCCAACGACCUCGAUGAUGACCCCGAUUCUGCGAUAGCUUCAGCCAGCCGUGAAAUGGAGCUUAUCUCUGACAUGAAGUCCGAGGUUUCUGCUGCACUUGCCGGCGUUGAGGAGGCCACUUAUCUCAAGGGCAUCCUUCGCGAGUAUCUCCGCUUUGCUGAUCAGGUCGCCGAUGCUUCAGCCACUUCCACGGAUGCAGUUGCCAAAACCGACGAUUCCGUCAUUCACGCGCCAUCUCACUUGAUUCGCUAUGAGAAGCUUAACGGUGCUGAUCUCAUGGUGUUUACUCGUCCCGAGGAGGGCGAGGAGGGCUUCGAUGGGGACGCGAGUGGCAAGAUUCUGCCGUUGUCCCUGAAGCCUCCUUCAGCGGACGUUUCGCGUACGAAGAUUCUGAACUCUACUGGCGAGAUCAAGGCUCGUACCAGUCGUGAGGUUGGAUAUCUCCGACGCAAGGCGGCUGGCAAAUACUCUUUCGAGAGACUGGUUAUUUAA